CUUGUGUCAGCACUGGGGAUAAUGCCACCUCCUCAAAAUGUCAGGAUGAAUUCAGUUAAUUUCAAAAACAUUCUUAAAUGGGUCUCACCUGCUUUUACCAAGGGGAACCCUACUUUCACAGCUCAGUAUGACAGUUAUAAGAAAUUCCAAGAAGUAUGCAAAAGUACUGCCUCCAUGGAAUGUGAUUUCAAGUACGGUGACCACACCGUGAGAAUCAGGGCAGAGUUUGCAGAGGAGCAUUUGGACCGGGUAAACAUCACUUUCUGUCCUGUGGAUGACACUGUUAUUGGACCUCCUGUAGUACAUGUAGAAGCACUUGCAGAUUCUUUACAGAUGCAUUUCUUAGCCCCUCAAAUUGAGAAUGAACCCUGCACAUGGCUCAUGUGGAAGAUUUAUGACUUCUGCAAAAAUGGAACUGAUAAAAAGUUUGAGGUCACUGUUCAGUACAACUUUGAAAUCGUCCAGAACCUAGAACCAUGGACAACUUACUUCAUUCAAGUUCAAGGGUUUCUUCCUGAUCAGAACAAAACUGGGGAAUGAAGUGCACCUGUGUGUGAUCAGCCAGGCAAGGAUGACACAACCUCCUCCUGGCUGGCGGCCUUUAUCCUCAUAGUCUCUGUCUUUGUGGUUUUUCUCAUGCUCCUGGGAUGCUUUGCCUUGCUGUGGUAUAUCUAUAAGAAGACCAAGUAUGCAUUCUCACCCAGGAGUUCUCUUCCACAGCACCUGAAAGAGUUUUUGGGCCACCCACAUCAUGGCACAUUUCUGGUUUUCUCCUUCCCACUCUCCUGUGAGAGUGAUGUUUUUGACAAACUAAAUGUCAUUACAGAAUCCUCUGAAAGCAGCAAGCAGAAUCCUGAUGACAGUUGCAGCCUUGAGGCCCCAUCUGGACUAGGACCCCCAGAGUUAUUUUCCAAGGAGGAAAUCUACUCAGCAGGACCCAGCGACACUGCUAUCCCUGAGUCUCCCUCAGAGGGAGAUCAGCAGGACAACCUGAGCAAACACCAAAUCUACAACUCUCAGACAGUGGACUUGUCCAAGCAACCAGAGGACUAA